AUGGCACCUCAAGCCAGCGCUGUUGAUACCGACAAUUUGUUCAUUCCUAUCAUUGACUUCUCUCUCUUCCUCAAUGGCACACCAGAGCAACGGAAUGAAGCGGCAAAAUCUAUCCUCAGUGGCUUUCAGUCCGCUGGAUUCAUAUAUCUGACAAACCAUUCUAUCCCUCUCGACACCGUUUCCCACACCUUUGCCACCUCUGCUGAGUUUUUCAAGCGUCCCCAACCGGAAAAAGAAGCCCUAGGCUGGACCACACCCGAAGCAAACCGCGGCUACGUCUCCCAUGGCCGCGAAAAGGUCUCUAUCCUAACAUCUAAAGCUGAUGUCGCAGCCGCAAAAGCCGCCGCCCCAGAUCUCAAAGAGUCUCUGGAGAUCGGGCGCGAAGGUGCCGAAGGUCUGCCCAACAACUGGCCUACAGGCGAUGACGCAGCAGUGCAUUUCAAGGAGACGAUGUUGAAGUUUCAUGAUCUGGCGAAGGAGUUGCACAUUAAUGUGAUGCGGGCGAUUGCUGUGGGGAUGGGGCUCGAUGAGGGGUACUUUGAUAAGUAUACGGAUGUGGGGGACAACACGUUGAGAUUACUGCAUUAUCCGGAGGUGCAGAAGAGUGUGUUUAAGAGUAAUAAGUUGCAGGUCAGGGCUGGAGAGCAUACCGAUUAUGGGAGCAUCACGCUUUUGUUCCAGGAUAUGAGAGGUGGAUUGCAGGUGAAGAGUCCCAAGGGAACUUUUGUGGAUGCAACUCCUAUACCUGGAUCCGUGGUUGUCAAUGCGGGUGAUUUGCUGGCCAGGUGGAGUAAUGAUACGAUUAAGAGUACGUUGCAUAGGGUUGUGGAACCGCCUGGGCCGGAGGAAGGAGAUGUUCACCCGGCGAGGUAUAGUAUUGCUUAUUUUUGUAACCCAAACUACUCGAGUCAGAUUGAAGCUAUUGAGGGAACAUACGGUGGAGAUAAGGGACCGAAGAAGUAUGAGGGCAUCAAUUCUGGAGAAUAUUUGGUUCAGAGGCUUGCUGCUACUUACUGA